CCUCCCCCUCGUCGACCUUCGUCUCCAUGGGCUUCUGCGGCGAGUGUGGAUCGUAUCUGGCCCCUGAUCUACAAGGGGCCUUCUGUCCUGAAUGCGGCGAAGCGAUUCCUGGCGCCGCGCCGGCCGCGCCAGCCCCUGUGCGUCACGUGACAUUUGCUCCAACUCCAGACAUGGAUGACGCGCGUCAAACACGAGAAGCGGCUGAACGGCGCGCUCAGGAGGCCAAGAUGUACGCGGACGCCAGUAAACAGGAAGCAGCUAAUGCGAUCGGCCAAUACGAAGCGCAGCAGCGCGCGCAAGUGGAGGCGCAAGCAGCUCGAGAUAACGAGGCGCGUUCCUUUGCAGCGGAGAACGAGCGACGCGCAAUCGACGCGCAGCGGGACGAGGCCGCACGUCGGCGUGAGGAGGCGGAGCGCCAGGCUCAAGACGCUCGCGACCGCGCUGAGGCCAUGCGCCUGUCAGCGCAGACCGCAAUCUCCGACUAUGAAGCUCAGCAGCGCGCGGCGGUGGAGCGUGAAAAUGCGCGCAGACAGCAAGAACUUGAGGCCCAGAGACAGCAGCAUCUGCAGGUGGCCCAGGCGGCCAAAGAACGUCGAGAAGAGGCCGAAAGAAUGGCUAAAGAGAAACUCGCAAGAGCUGAGAGACUGCGAAUCGAAGCGCAGGCAGCAGCGGAGGAGCUGAAGAGACAGGAAGCCAAGCGCGUGGCCAAGGAGAAGCAGAGGGAAGAAGACAGACGACUGCGAGAGGAGCAGGCUCGACGUGAAGAGAACCGGCGGAAAGCUGAGGAAGAAGCGCGUGCUGCGUUCGAGGCCAAGAGACAGGAGGAGCAAAUGCGUCUGGAAGCCAAGAGGCAGGAAGAACAGCUUCGUCAGGAGGCCAUGAGGCUGUCAAGCAUGUCGAUAUCGUCGACAGGCUCCAGUCCGGCCACGCCGGCGGCCGCGUCCAAUGCGUGUGUGAGCUGCAAGGCUGCGCUCAAGCCGGCGCAGAAGUUCUGUCUGCAAUGCGGCACAAAGGUCGCUGCGUCUGCUCUGACUCCCGGUGGUAGCAGCCUCAACGCCAGGCUUGGCGUCUUCGUCGUCGUUCUCGUCGGGGUCUUCGUUCUCAUCGGUGCCACUACCGGCCCCGAUCCCAACGUCCGGAUCGUGGUCCGCACCUUCCCAGUCCAGUACCAAGAACUGCCCCACGUGCAGUAA